AUGCCUCAACUCCAACUCAAAGAAGAAGAUAUCGUGUGCCUUAUCCUUGAGUAUCUUCAGAAGAGAGAUCUCGGCAUUAGUCAACUCGCGCUAGAAAGAGAGACGGGUCUUGUAAAUGGAGUCUUCUCCGACGAUUUGCUAUUCCUCCGUCAACUCGUACUGGACGGACAAUGGGACGCAGUUUUGGAUUUCGUACAACCGCUCGAGCACGUAGAAUCAUUCGACGCCAGGCGGUUCAAAUAUGUUGUUCUCAAGCACAAAUUUCUCGAACUGCUGUGCAUACGAGGUGAAACGGGAUUAAUUCAGCCGAAUGAGUUGAACGUCGACGAUAUGGUCUCAUGUCUCAACGAGUUGGAGGGCGUCGCCCCAUCUAAGGAAGCCUAUAAUUCACUGUGUCUUCUGCUAGCAUAUCCGAAACUGUGUGAUCAUAUGGACUAUAAGCACUGGAACCCCAGCAACGCAAGAAUACGUUGCUUCGCGCAAUUGUGUCCCUUAGUGGAGAAGUUCUUGCCAGCUCCAACCCAAGCGUCGAAUUCGACCUUGUUCUCGAAGCACGACCGAUUAGUUCAACUGGUGAUAAAAGGUCUGGUGUAUGAGACGUGCGUGGCUUUCUGUCAGAUCAGGGCGACAGGACAGCCGGCUGACGGAGCCAAAGGAAUUCAGUUCGGAUCUGUCUUCAGUAACUCGAAUGGAUUCUCCGGUGCGGAUCUCGGACUCUUCUCGUGGUUGCAAGCGCUCCCGGUCGAGUCGUUCAGUCACCCGUUCGAGCAGAAGACUCUGAAAAUCGACGUGACUCAAAUGGAAAAACCAGUCCUAGACGCUCAAUGGGCGGAACACAUCCUCGGCACUCCGAUCAAACCCCGAGCGGUGUUUCCUCACUCGCACGUUCCUUUCCAAAGAUCGCAAGGUGGAAUGGAGAUGAUGUCACGGUCGUUGAUGAUGUUGACAUCCAUGGAGCAGAGCCGCCUGUCGGUGUCCGGUAUUUUAUCGGGAUCGACGUACGGGGAUCUCUCAAAGAGCAGCUUUCAUUUGACGGGAACAAAAAUCAUGACGACGUCGGUCGACAAGCUCUUUGCAAGCACAACGGACAUCGCUCUCACGCGGAGCACCGUCAACGAAUCUCAAACUCCUCCGAAAAGCUCGCCUCAGCACAAGGAGGCUCCGUCAGAGGAUCAAGCGGAGGAUUCGCAUGUGCUGUGGAAAGAAUUCCAGAAACAACGUCAGAAGUUGGAAACUCUCGUCGAAGAUGUCAAAGUACCAACGGCUGAGGUUGCGUCAAAACCUCCGCAAUCGACGAGCGCCGGAACAAAACCAGCGUUCGCUCCGUCUACGUCGAAAAAUUUCACACAAGAACCCCCAACGAGAGAGAAUCGAGCGUGUGCUGGACCCUUGAGUGCCGCCAAAACUGCUUCCCCACCGCCGCCAGCAAGACCUCUGAACUCCCACUCGCCGAGCAUGGCGUCUCCUCCGACGGGGGUCAUGACGUCUUUGAGAGAUUCCAGAGCUUCCCAGGUGACCGUGUAUCAGUCUGAGCGGAAAGACGAAGACAAAAGGAAGAGCUUUAUCGAGAAAGAUCAAAGAGAGGAGGAGAGACUGUCCUCAUCCCGGAGCUCCUGCAAGUCCAAUGACACAUCAUGGUCCUCCGGCAAGGGAUCCACGAUGCUUCAAACUUGUCCGAAUAGACCUCUGGAGCAGCAACGCGUGAGUAGUGAUAAAAUCUAG